UAACGCAAUCGAUCUCUUCAUUCCUUAAGAGUUUCGUCAUUCGGUGAAUUCGAAUAGACAAUCACGAAAAUUAUGGGUGGCGGAGGAGCAUUCAGAGCAGCGGCGAAAUUGGCCGGAGCCACCGUCGCAAACAGCGGAUUCAGUUCUGUGGCGGCGGAACAUCCAGUUUAUGCAGCCGCACGCAACGUAGCCCGUCCGGUGUCGGUCUCCGGUAUAUCGUCAACAUCGCAAGAUGUCAAGUACGGCGUGGUUACGUCUUCUCACAGUGUAUCAUCCGAUGUGUCGCAUGUGCGAAAGAUGGUUUCUGAUUUUGAUGACUGGGAGAUGGCCGGCGGAGAGGAGGAAAUGAUGGUUAAUCCUGGUCAGCCGCUGCCACGACUCGUAUUUGGUGGAGCUCCUUCUCUUCAGGAAGCUACAGAGGCUACUUCUGAUCUCAAAGACGCUCUCGAAAAGGUAUAUUUGUCUGGACCUGCUAAUGAAUAUGGAGGAUCUUGUAUAUCCGACUCAAGCUCAACGCCUUUCUCCAAAGCCUGUGUUGUCACCGAGACUGUAAUCACAAAGUCUGUGCCAAAACAUGCUAUGAAGGCAUUUAGGUUUCUAAAUGAAACUCCCGCCGUUCAGAAUGUUGUUGCUUCAAUUGCUUGUGACCAAAAUGUGUGGAAUGCGGUACUGCAGAAUCCAGCCCUUCAAGAUUUCCUGGAGUCACAGAAAACCAGUGAGAAAUUUGCAGGUGCAUUACUCCCCGACUCGGAUCAAGAGAGAGAUGAAUCCGUUGCUGAUACUGAUUCCUUUUCUCAGUCAUCCCCAAGGAGGGCGUUUUCCAAAUCUGAGACAGAAGAGGCUAAAUCCGGGAACUCUUUUACAAGCUUUUUGCAGAAUGUUAAACAAACAGUGACACAAACAGUGGUUGAUAUGAUGAACAGCUUGUCAGAUUACUUUAACAAUCUCUUUGGAGACAACACGUUUUUUGUUGAUGCGGAUGGAAGUGCUAAAAUUGGCGCCGUGGAGAAGACACUGGGGGCAUCUUUCAUGGCUUUGGCAGUCAUGGUUAUAAUGGUGGUUCUCUCAAAACGCAGUUAAUCAUGAUGUCUUCAAAGUUUUAACUAUUUGAAUUCGCCGAAGUUACAUGACGAAAUGUUACCAGUCUCUUCUAGAAUAGGUAUUGAGGGUAUUUGGUCGGGUAGGUCUGCCAGUGACUUAAAGAAGUGGUUUGUAAAUAAAAUAAAGUCAUUGUAGACAAUGUUUUAUGUUUUAGUUUCUUGGCUUUGUCAUCUAUGCCAAUGAAGUUUGAUUUGCAUUCAGCAGUCGUGUAAUUUGCUUGGAUUCUAGAGCUUAAAGUGCAUCACUGCUCUUUAACACUG